GAUAUACAUUUUAAAUGUGGCCAACACCGAUAGAAAACAUACCAACAUCGGUGGCGUUAAUCCUUUUAUGGAUCUCGUAUAAAGAACUAAAAUCACUACCGUCAACGCACAUGUUUUAACGGCAAAUUAACGAACGCCUUUCCAAUCCACACGCCAAACCUUCCUUCUCUUCCACUUUACAGACCCAAUUUCUCUGCUUUCCAAUCCUCCAUUGCUCUCAAGAAAAUUGGAGUGCAAAAUCUGGGUUUCCAAAGUAGGCUUUUGUGAGAUUUGAAAGAUGAGAAAAGGAUCAUUGUGCCCUAGCCAGAGUGCCUAAUGAAUAAUGAACUCUCCUCAUCAACAAACCCCUAUCAGAAAUAAUGGCCUGCAUCUGGUCUAUGUACGCAGAAAACCAGAAUCAGAACAUCAUAAAAACACCAUCUGUAACAACAAAUCAAAACAUCUUCCAAUUACACUAUCUGAACAGGAUGACAACAAUCAACAGCAAGAACAAUCACCCAUGAAGGAUUCACCAAUAAAUAUUCCAGAGACUUCUUCUGCACUUCCUUCAGUAACCGAUAUCACCUCCAAUUCUCAUCAAUUGGAUUACACAAAGAAACUGAGUGUUCAGAAUUGGGAAGAGCGAUACCUUCUGUUGCAAAACUUUUUGAAGGCUGUUGAUCAAUCAACACAAGAUGAUUAUCUCCAGAUGCUUCGCUCUCUCUCCUCAGUUGACCUUAGUAGACUUGCAGUCGAACUAGAAAGGAGAACCAUUCGGCUCUCAAUGGAAGAAGCAAAAGAGGUUCGACGUGCAAAGAUUUUUGAUGCCCAAUGGAUAUCCGACUCAAACAAGUGAAAUGACAUGUCAAAACUUACUACUGAUACGUAUAGUUUUUUUUUUUUUUUUGUUCUUAGAAGUCCUUGAUGGAAUUGUUAAUAAUUGCUAUAUUUUUGAUUUUUUUUUUUUUUACAAUUGAAUAGUCAUUAUAUUUACAAGUGAUGGUAUUGAUUUGUAAAUAAUAUACCAAGCGUGUUACGAUAAGGUUUGGGUACUGUUUUUAGUCUAAAUAAGAAAGAG